AUGCGCUUCCUCGCGCUUCUCCCCGUCUUAUGCUGCACUGCAGCCCUGAUUCUUUCAUUCCUCUGCCUCUUUGCCGGCCAUAAGAAGGGGUUCAUGGAAGACUACUCGCUCCUCACACUCAACACCUCGGCCAUUGGACAAAAUCUCGUCGACAGAGCCUCAAACUCCGACUCCACCAUAUCCAACAUCAUCAAUCUCAUUCCAGAUUCCAUCACCGAUACCGUCACCGAUGAGAUCAAUGAGAGGAUAGACGCGUUGCGCGAGCGCGCUGGCAUCGAGGACUGGUACUCAGCACACAUGCUGAACUAUUGCGAGGGACAAUACACACCCGGCGAGGUGGCUAAUGCGACCCUGAAGCAAGAUGAUAUUAGCAAAAAUGUUACCGAAUGCUCCAAGAACAAGGCUAUGUACAAGUUCAAUCCAACCGACAUCAUCCAGAGAGCCCUGAACAGGUCGGGCAUAGACAUCACCCUACAGGACCUCCAGUGGCCAGAUGAUAUUCAGAAUGGCAUCGAUGCCUUGAAUGCUGUCAUGGCAGCCAUGUUCGUUCUCUAUGUCAUCGCAAUCUGUCUCAUCUUCUUGACUCUCGUCGCCAGCCUGGUUGGCAUCCUCACCUCAGGAAGACUGAGCGCAUGCCUAAACAUCGGCCUUAGUCUCCUCGCGUUUUUGGCCGUUGGCAUCGCUAGUGGCCUCGUCACCGCCGUCAUGAUCAAGGGUACCGACGUCAUUAACGAACACGGAAACCAAAUCGGCCUUGAAUCGCACUAUGGUGGCAAGUUUCUCGCAUUGACAUGGGCUGCAACUGGGCUCAUGCUCCUUGCUGUCCUUGCCUGGUUCGCAGCCCUCUGCUUUGGCCGGAGCGAGCGCCGUUCGCGCACCCCCAGGAAGUCGGUCAUCUAG